CGUCGUUAAAUGAAACUCGGUCAAGGAUGGAGGAAGAGGCACGCAAGCUUCUCGAGGAAGGAAUAAUAAAGAAAUUGAUCAGCCCUGGGAAAGGAGAGCUGUCCACCUUCCCCAAUGGAACCAAGGUGGUCUUCCACUACCGCACCAGCCUGUGUGAUGGCAAAGUGCUGGACGACUCCAGAACCAUGGGGGGCCGCAGCAAACCCAUGGAGCUCAUCCUGGGCAAGAAGUUCAAGCUCGCCGUGUGGGAGCGAGUGGUCAUCACCAUGAAGCGAGGAGAGGUGGCGGAGUUCACCUGUGACGACAAGCACACGGCGCUCUACCCGCUGGUGUCCCAGUCGCUGAGGAACAUCAGUGCCGGUAAGGACCCCCUGGAGGGCCAGAGGCACUGCUGCGGCAUCGCCCAGAUCCACUCCCACCACUCCCUGGGCCACAAGGACCUGGACCAGCUGCAGGCCAGCCAGCAGCCGCUCGUCUUCGCCAUCGAGCUGCUGGAGGUCCUGGCUCCAGGCUCGUUCCAGCUCGAUGUUUGGGCGAUGACGGACGAGGAGAAGCUGAAGCUCGUGCCCGACAUCCACGAGGAGGGCAACGCGCUCUUCAAAAAGGGCCAGAUCAAAGACGCCACGGAGAAGUACUACAACGGCAUCGCCUGCCUCAAGAAUCUACAGAUGAAGGAGCACCCCGGGGACGAGGUGUGGGUGAAGCUGGACAACAUGAUCACGCCGCUGCUGCUCAACUUCUGCCAGUGCAAACUGCUGCAGGGCCAGUACUACGAGGUCAUCGAGCACUGCUCCUCCAUCGUCUUCAAGUACGAGGACAACGUGAAGGCGUACUACAAGCGAGCGAAGGCCCACGCCGCGGUGUGGAACGAGGUGGAGGCGCGGGCCGACUUCGAGAAGGUUCUGGACCUGGACCCGAGUCUGGGCCCCUCCAUCGCCAAGGAGCUGAGGGCCAUGGAGGACAAGAUCCGCACCAAGGAGAAGGAGGAGAAGGGCCGCUACAAGGACCUGUUCACCUACAGCGCCACGCCGGCCACCGCCACCACGGGGUGACCUCCAGUGGGACGAGAGGAAGGAGGAGAAACGGCGCCGACUGCCGUUUUAUGUUUGUAUCCAAGCCAAAAACUGUUGCUACUCUGACCUCCUGGAGGCGGGUCACACACCAAGUCACGCAUAUAUAUACACACACAUACACACAUAUAUAUACACACAUACACACAUAUAUACACACAUACACAUAUAUAUACACACAUAUAUAUACAUACACAUAUAUAUACACACAUAUAUAUACAUACACACAUAUAUAUACACAUACACACAUAUAUAUAUACACACAUAUAUAUACACACAUACAUAUACACAUAUACAUACACACAUAUAUAUACACAUGCUCGGUUGCAAUUUGCAUACUGGGCUCCCACCUGCAGCACCCUGAGCUACACCUGUCACCAGAUUCUUUUUUUUAAACGAGUAGUUUAAGUAUUUGUUGUCUUCCCGAGCCGUUCGAUGAUCCUCAAACGACUCGGUGGAGAACCAAGGAGCUCUUUGCUUUGAGGAGCGUACCCCCCCCCCCCCUCCUCUUGGAAUGAGCCGGAGACCUGAACCGAGCUGUCAUGUGACAAUCAUCACACACACACACACACCUAUCUUUGCUUUCUCCUUUGUUCUUGUUUUAUAAACCCGUCUCACUGCUCGUCCAGCUGUGCUCGCCGUCUCCUUCGAGAGCUUCUAGAGGCUCGUCGCUCUAGAGGCUGAGGCCAUCUUCUCAUCUUCUCUCCUGUGAGGUUGUGAUUGUGUAAAUGACAAUAAAUGUGUGUUUAUCCCA